AUUUGUUGAAUGUAUCGAUAAAGAGUUUUCUGGUCAAAUUAAUUUCAAAAUCAUGUCGAGAUAAUCAAAAUUACGUCGUGUUAUGGAACUACAAGAUGAUGUUACCAAACGGAACUUGUUCCUGUCGUCGUUUUUGGGUGGAGGCGUGGCUGGGUUAUUUGUUGAUAUGGUACUUUUUCCGCUAGACACCCUAAAGACAAGAUUGCAGGCAGAGCAGGGUUUUAAAAAGGCCGGUGGUUUUAGAGGAAUCUAUAAAGGCGUGGGGCCCCAAGCGAUUGGAAGUGCCCCACAAGCUGCCGUUUUUUUUGUAACUUAUGAGUCAAUUAAGCACUAUUCUGAGUCUUUUGUUUCCAUAAAUUCUAUGCCACUUGUUUAUAUGUUUGGGGCUGCUGUAUCAGAAGUGAUGACAUGCCUGAUUAGGGUACCUAUGGAGGUUGUAAAACAGAGGAGGCAGACAGAUAGUUCUAACAGCUCUGCUUUGAAGAUUGCUAUGUCUGCCUAUAAAUAUGAAGGAAUCUGUAAAUUUACAAUCAAGGGUCUGUAUAGAGGUUUUGGUUCAACCAUCAUCAGGGAAGUGCCAUUUUCCGUUAUACAAUUUCCAAUACUCGAAUACUUAAAGACAACUUACAGGAAAAAAUUUAAAAAUAACAUUCCACUGGAGUCUUGGGAAGUGGCUGUUUGUGGAUCUAUUGCCGGCGGAUUUUCGGCUGCCGUAACCACUCCAUUGGAUGUAGUCAAGACUAGAAUAAUGCUGGCUGAUAGAAAAUUGUUAAAAAAUGUCAAUUUAACCUUUAGGAGCACUUUUCUAAAAAUUUACCAUAAAGAAGGUGUUAAGGGGUUAUUUGCUGGGGUUGUACCCAGAACACUAUGGAUAUUCUUGGGCGGAUACAUAUUUUUUGGUAGUUAUGACUUUUCCAAGAAUUUCUUCUAUGAAGUUUUGGAAGAAGACAGAUGACAUAUAGCACUUUGUAGGAGUUGAAUAGAUUAUUAACUUAUUGAAAUUGUUGUGUUUUUA